ACAACCAAGCGCCACUAUAGGAUGACAAUAGCAGAACUUGUGCAUUCCGAUCCUAGAUACUUUUAUCCAGCUAAGAUUACUAUAAAGCAUCCACAACUACGAGACCUCGUACAUACAUCUGAUAGCUGCUCUGUAUACUAUCCACACAAUAGAUCUAUUAUCAAGCAUUAUCUAGAUGCUCCUGGUAAACCUCGAGUGAAAUCUCAAUUAAGCUAUCCUCCUGUUACUCUAUCAACUGGUUACGGCAUGUUAGCUAGUGCGGGUGGUUCGGGAGAAGUAACUAUUCAGUCUUUAGAUGAUAAUGAUAGCGGAGGUGGCUUUUAUGAAACUCGUUUUGGCAGUUCAAUAAACAAUCAUAUCGCCUUUGCACCAGAAGCUACAUCAUCAAUUGAACCGCGUCUGCUUGUAUGCAGCAAUGACAACAUCAUUCGCGUUUUCAAAGUCGCUUACAGUAGACUGGAACAUCAAACUCCCCAACUCUAUCAAACUGAGACAUUAAAGUUUAAUACAGCAAUAAACCAAGCUUCUAUCUCGCCUAAUUCACGUAUUUGCGUUGCAGUUGGUGAUACUCCGGAAGUACAUCUCUUCGAUUGCGGGUCUUCAGGUUCUUUUAGAAGGAUGCAAACCCUUACCUCAACCUCUGACGCUGGAUUUUCUACUGCUUGGUCGUCAGAUGGUCUGAAGUUUGCGGUAUCAUCUCAAGAUGGGUUUUGCACUGUAUGGGAUAUCAGGAGCAAUAAGCCAUUAGAAAAAUUCACUACCUGUAACCAAAUGCCAUCUCGAGCAGUGAAAUUCACGACAAAUGCUGCGAGUAAAGAACUGAUGGUUUUUACCGAGCAUUCUAAUAGGAUACACGUGGUAGAUGCACUCACUUUCUCGCCCUCUACCAAGCAAGUAUUAGAAAUACCUUUUACAGACUCCAAUACAACACCGCCAUUCUUAUCUCCACGGUCUGAGUCACCUUCACCAACUUCACCAGCUAUGCAACCUUCUAUAUAUGAUGAGGAUUAUAGUAGUGCACCUGAGUUGUUCUCAACAUUCUUCCCUUCAAAUUCAAAUCCAACGAGGUCAUUGCGGCAACUUUUCAACAGUACAUACGCUAACCUGGACAGAUUGACACCAAGUGUUAUAGAAAGAGAACGAUAUAUUGGCGAUGUUGAUAUUGCAGGCAUUACGUUUUCAUCUGAUAAUAGCCGAUUAUACGCAGGUAGUAUGAGGAAUUUGAUUGAAUGGGACAUUUAUGGAGCAUAUAGUAAGUUAUUUGAAACUGGUGAAUUCUUGUAAAUUAGUUGCAAAUUUUAUAAAAUUUGACUUG